AUGGCUGCUAUAAUCAGCCAAGCCAUGCCCGAUACGGUGGACGGGGCUGAAAUGCCUAAAUCCAAACGACCUUCAGAUUCAGCAUUUAAACAGCAAAGGCUUCCGGCAUGGCAACCCGUCCUGACCGCUGGUACGGUGCUGCCAGCCUUUUUCCUGAUCGGGGUGCUCUUCAUACCAAUCGGUGUGCUGCUACUGCUGUCAUCCAAUUCGAUCAACGAAUUCGUGUACGAUUACACCCACUGCAAGCCGGACAUCAGCAGCAAUCAGAGCUGUGCGGAAAUUAUUAGCAACAAUCCGGAUUCGAGCUGCGUCUGCACCGUACACUUCGAGCUGGAGAAAGAUUUCCACGACAAGGUGUAUCUGUACUACGGGCUGACGAACUAUUACCAAAACCAUCGACGCUACGUAAAGUCGCGCGAUGACGAUCAGCUGCUCGGCCGCCUUUCACCCAUCCCGUCCAGCGAUUGUGCCCCGUUCGCGUACGCGGACGAUGAAGAACGCAUACCGAUUGCUCCCUGCGGUGCGAUUGCCAACUCCCUGUUUAGCGACAAGUUCGAACUGUACUCGCAAACGCUCAGUACGCCGGUACCGUUGCUGCAAACGGAAAUUGCUUGGCCCUCGGACCGGCAGAUCAAGUUCCGCAAUCCGGACGGUGAUCUGAAGGAAGCACUGCGUGGCUUUCGCCGCCCAAAGGCGUGGACCCGCGAACUGUGGGAGCUGGAUGAGACGAACAAGGACAACAAUGGGUUCCAGAACGAGGACCUGAUCGUGUGGAUGCGUACGGCCGCACUGCCCACAUUCCGAAAGCUGCACCGACGGAUCGAUCAUUCGCAGGAACACUUUAAGGAGGGAUUGAUGAGGGGCAACUACACGCUGACCGUCAAGUACUCGUACUCGGUAAUUGAAUUCGACGGAACGAAAAAAUUCAUCCUAUCCACCACCUCCAUCCUUGGCGGUAAGAAUCCAUUCCUUGGCUUUGCGUACAUUGUGGUGGGAAGCGUUUGUCUACUGCUUGGAUGCGUGCUGCUCAUCAUCCAUCUGAAAUGCAGCAAAUCUAACGGUGGCAUCAGCAGCGUCCAUCAACGGUCUUCAUCGCGCCCAUAGGAGUUACUGUGUCUGACCGGUGACGUUAGUGAUUCGUUGGGACUUUAAGUA